GCAGCAGCAGCAAAUUAUCCACACACAGAGAACAUUGUGCCGAGGACGCUCCGGUCAGUGACAUCUGAGAGAAAGAGAGAGGCAGACAGAGAGGGGGGAGAGAGAGAGCGAUUCUACUUGGCACACAGCGCCCCUGUGGCAGUGAGACUUUGACUGACGGACUGGCUGUCUGACAGAGGAUUCUGGAGGACAACGCAGCUCUUCUAAUCCUUUUCACACCUUUUUUUUUUUUCUGCGUCUCGUCUGUCAUCUCGGAGACCGCUGAUGGUUUUCUAGCGUCUCUUCACCGCUUCUUGCCACCUCAGCAUCGGAUUCUGCUUCUUACCCGCGCACCUUUCUUCCCCUCUCUUCUCCUUGACUGGCCGAACCGGGGCUGAUCCCAGCCAACCCGGGCCGGGCCGUGGGGGGCUUUUCGGCGAGCCUUGUAGCUGAGAGUCGGGACACCCGAGAUGUGCGCUUCGGGACCAGGGAUCUGGGCUCUCCCCUCGGCGUGGGGAACCUCGGGCUCGUGGCAGUGCUUCUGGUGGUGGGUCGUGGCGGUCGGGGUGACGGUGGGCUCGGGGGACCCGUGGAUGUCCGCGGAGGCAUGCCCCUCGACUUGCUCCUGCAGCAGCACCAGGAUCUCCUGCGUGGACCCGGAGCGAGGGAUCAGCGCGUUCCCCGUCCUGCAGAGCGAGGCGGAGAUGGAGAACAUCACCGACAUCUACAUUGCAAACCAGAGCAGCUUCUCCUCCAUUAAUGACAAAGACCUGCACUACUACAAGAACCUCAGGAACCUUACGGUGACCAACAGCAGGCUGACAUACGUGUCAAAACUGGCAUUUCAGAGCAACUUAAGGCUACAGUACCUGAAUUUGAAAGACAACAAUCUGUCGUCCCUCUCCUGGAGGAUAUUCAAGCACCUCAACAUCUCAUAUCUAAUCCUGUCAGGGAACCCUCUACACUGCUCCUGUGAGAACAUGUGGAUCAAGCUUUUGUUAGGAGAGGAAGCAGACACUCAGGAGCUGCGCUGCAUCGAGGAUGGAGGAGCACGCAAGCCAUUGUCAAGACUGAGACUACAGAAUUGUGAGGUUCCAAUGGCAACCCUGAACCCACCCAAAGUGAUCAAAAUGGAAAAGGAUAAUGUUGAGCUCUUCUGUACAACAUCGGGCAUGCCCUCACCUGAGUUGAUCUGGGACAUGGCACUUGUCACAAACUACGUGAUCGAGACAUCUGGCCAGAUUUCGGUGCUGCGGCUCUCAAACCUGUCAUCAAUGGACCACAACAAGAAGAUCAGCUGCACGGCUGAAAAUAUCGUUGGUGAUAGAGAGUCCUCUUUGCUGCUGGAUAUACAUUUUGCACCCCAAAUCACAAAACUGAGUGACGCCAUCGCAGACCAUCACUGGUGCAUACCCUUCAGUGUAGCAGCAAACCCAGAACCACAAAUCAAGUGGUACCGGGACAAUGUGGAAGUGACAGAGGGGGAGUACAUCAUGACAAUGAUCCACGACAUCACAGAGAGAGAAUACCAUGGCUGCCUCCAGCUGGACAAUCCCACACACAUCAACAACGGGCUCUAUCGCCUAGAGGUUAAAAAUAAAUAUGGCUCAGACGAAAAGGAGAUCACAGCUCACUUUAUGGGCAGGCCAGACGAUGAAAAUGAACCUUCCUACUAUGGUCCUGACGCAGAUGUAACCCCAGAGAAUCCUCCUCUAGACCCACCUGAGGACAGAGUUGCUGUAUACGUAGUCGUGGGAAUUGCUGCUGUAGCCUUCACUGGUUUCUUGCUGAUGCUGGUUAUCCUAAAGUUUGGAGGAAAUUCCAAGUUUGGCAUCAAAGGCUGUGUGUUGUUUCAGAACAUCCCGGUGGAGGUGAUGUCACGCAGAUACGAACACACAAGAGACUGAAAACAUUGUUGCAUGUUUGCUUAUGUCUUAUGUGAGUGUGUGCCAUCGAGUGUCUUUCUAAGAAACUGCAAACUGCAGAGGGGAAAAAAAUGUAAACCGGUGGAUGUAACAAAAAGGAGAAAAGGAUAACAGAAGAAAACAAACAAACACGGCGUGUGAAAUAAAUAGAGUGGAAGCUGUGCCAGUUGUCAGGUGGAGCUCUCCAUUAUCAUCUGAAAAAGUGGAGGAAGCAGGUAGAAGAGGAAGCAGCACAAUCAACCAAUCACAGCGAGCUUUCAGAGACACAUAAAAGCCUCCCUUUGGAUAAAUUAUUCACAUCAGAGGCACAGAGACGACCAUUAACCUACAUCCUCCCCCUAACGUACGCAGGCUUUUACUCUCCUCAAAUCACAAUCGUGCAUAAAAACACACGCGCUCUCUUCUGCAGGUUUACUCUCCCGUUUGAGUCGGUUACCUCCCAGUUACUUGCUGCCCAUAUUCUGUCAGGCACGUUGCAUUUAUACAUGUAUUCCACACAUUAACAGUGAGUGCACACUGUGUUCACUUCCUUGCUCUAAUUCCUGUUGAGACAGUAUAAUAACGCCAAAAUCUCAGGACUGGUGCUGAGAGAUUACUCAGAGAACAGAGGAGAGGCUUUUAAAAACAGUCCUCAAAAUCGGGAGGAAAAUUUUUCCCUUUGAAGACAAAAAGUGACUUUAUUUGAACGUGGCACCAGCUUCCUAUUACUGCAGUCUGCUCUGCUGCGCGAGUCUCAUUUAGAGCAAAUAAUAAAAGUGAUCAGAGAUAUUGGGGGGCCUUUGAAAGAGAAUGGCUUCAAUUCCAGUGGCUUUGCUUUCUGCCUGGCGCAAUUAAUGAAAUGGAUAACUGCUUGAUGAGCUGUGCAAGAUUCUGGAAGUCUUUGUUACAGACUGUCACCAAAUAGGAGCGGCAGGGAAAAUCAGCCGACAGUUUACACUUUCAAACUGCCAUGUGGCCAUCAAAUUAGUUUUGCAGGUACGAACAAGCACGACUGUCAAAACAUCUAGCUUAUCCGCCGUGAAACAGUUUCCUCCUCUUGCUUUGCCAGCAGCUGGAUUUAAGCACCACGGAAAUCAAUGUAUGCCACUGUUUUUUUCGUUUUUUUUUUUUUUUUCUGAAGUAAAAACAAACAAAAGAUGGCAUAUAACUCAUCUGUAGCCAAUUACAGAACGUAAACAUUGUCAGUGUUGAACACAGACACCUUCCUCUGAUGUUUCUCUGAAAUAAACCUCACCUCAAGGCGAUACAGUCAUGCUAACACUUCAUGCAGCAAAUAACUCAAACACGUGAACACUGCCAUGAUAACGACGGGUAGGGAGAUUCAUAAAAAGCUGUACAUUAUGUCCGUGUUGAAUUUGUAGUCCAGACAUAUGCAUAUAACUCGCCUUGCAAAAGUAAUCACACUCAGUUCAUUCUUCCACCUUUUCACCACAUUAUAUUCACAGACUUUGUUGAAUUUUUAGGCCGAUUUCAUUUGACAGUUUGGCUCACAUUUCGAUUUGUCCCCCGGUUCACCCCAAUGUUUGUGAUUUAACCUCAGUAAAUAUCCACCUGCUUUGUGAAGGCCUCAGACAUCGUCAAACAACAGCAUCAUGAAGAACAAAGAACACAGUCAGGUUGUAAAACAAUGUCCCAAGCUUUGAGAAUCUCGUGGAGCAUCGUCAGUCAUCAGAAAAUGGUCACUUACACAACAGCAAACCUAGCAAGGAAUCACUGUCAACUGAAACUGGCAGGUCUGCUAAGGUGAGCAUUACUCACAGAAACAGCCUAGGGGUCAUGUUCCAAGUAUUUUUACUCAAACACUUCACAAUAUGAGUUAGAUGCUUUGCCUAGGCUGAAAUUAUGUAAAAAAGCAGCCAAAGUCCAAAGAAGCAUUGAAGUCUGGAAAACUGAUAAGGUCUACUUCAAAUCAUGUUAUACUGGAUCCGUGGAACAAAAGCAUGAGAAAAUCAUUGAUGUUUUCAACCUUUUGCAUUUUUCUGUUCGUCUAAUAAUUAAUAAUUACAGCUACAAAUCCAGUGAGGAUCCACCCUUCUUCAGAGUUCGUCUAAUGGGUGAGGUGUGCACAAUUUGCAAUCAUGUCCAACAAAUUUGAAUUUUACUGAAACGUUUAUUUAUUACUUAAUUACGUAUUAAGGAAAACAGAAUGCUGUUUUAAAGCCUUUAUCUCUACUAAUCUACAAUUUUCCACUUUCAGAUCAUGUAAAAUACACUUAAUGAGCCUCAAAAAUGCUUCAAAUAUGGUAAUUUAUAUAACAUGACAGUAUAUCUGUAGCAAGGUAUUGCCUGCAGCCCACUUUAUAUGUAUGAGGACACAAACCAGAGCAAGGCUAGCUGAUACUGAAGUCAUAGCUGGUGUUGUGGAGAUGUUUGGUUAAAGAGUUGACAAAGUGAUGCUUUAGUUGGUGUGAAAUGAGUCACCAUUCAACAGAGAACAGCCUUGUUUAUUCCAGACCCCUGGAAGCCGGUAAAUUAAGUCUAGGAAAACAAAAUCCAAUCUUUGCAAAGUGGAAGACAAAUUUCAGUGGAAUGACAAGCAGGAACCCCUUGUUCCUGCUCUUUAAAGGAUGUUAACCCACCUUUUAAACCCUGAUCAACGACAUAAGCAGUUUUUAUCUUAUGCUUCUCUUUAAGUCUUUAUCAUGUUAGAUUGAUUUAAUGAAACUGCAAGAUUCAUUCAGUAAAAUAAGGAAAUAAGGAAAAACAAUCAAAUUGUCAAUUUGCUCAUUUGUAGUAGGUAAGAAAAUGGCAUAAAAAAACACAAUGUUUUUUCAAAAACUUAAUUAAAAAGUGAAAAAUAGUAAAGUGUAAUCAUGAAAUCAAACGAAUAAGAGCAUUGGGGUGUAUAUGAUUUAAGCAGUAAAGAAGGGGAAAUAAUUAAUGAGGCGUAUUUGAAAAGAUGAUUGAAAGUCAUGAGUCAGUCAGAAUUUGGAUCUAUGGCCAUACUUAGUAACUUCAAACCUAAUAAUUUACUAAUUUAUUUCAACUUUAUUGCCAUUUUGAGGUUGCAAUUUCAGAGUCCUGCAUACAAAUCUAACCAUGGAAAAAUGACACAACUAAUCAUGUGUAAAUAUAAAGCGAGCUAUAUGGCUGCUGGAAGAUGGACACAGCUUAAUUUGUAAUUGGGCAAAUGAGAGAGCAAUACAAAUGAAUGAAAUUAAAUAUUUUUGUACAUUUUAAACACAGUAGAUAUCAAUAAUCUAUGUAUGUUAGCACAGCACAGAGUUAUUGUUAAUCUUUUACAUUAUUUUUGACAGAAUGUUUUGUUUUUUCAUUUUGCACAUUGUACAUAUUUUGCCAUUACAUAUUUUAGGCACCUAUGAUAAUAGUUUAAACGGAAAGCAAAAGAUAAAAUUUUAAAAUAAACUAAAUAUUAACACUGGAAAAUAUCACAUUUAAUGUAGAGGUAUAUGUUGUGAUAUUAAAUGAAAGUUAUUCAGAUAAGUAUGACUGUUUGAUUUGUUCUCUUUAAUUAUUUUGUACAUUUUGUGGUACAUUUGUUUUUUGAUAUAUUUGAGAUGUUUCGAAGCUAUGAUCACACCUGUUUUUAUUUGUUGCCUCCUCACUGAUAUGUACCUGUCUUCACAACAUAGAAACCAAGUUAUUUAACUUUUUCCAGAUAUUUAGAUAAACAGAAGAACAUCUAAGCUAUAAAAAGGCAAAGUAGCAUUGCUGAAAAAAAAACCUGUCAUAAGCUGUUUUUUUUUUGUUGUUUUUUUUUUCACUUUGAAGCUGCGUUCAAGAAGCUCAUUUAAAUAAUUACCUGAAGGAGUCGUUUGAAAAUGAUAUUUCCUUUUUCAGAAGACAGACUGGGUUACUCUUUUAAAUAAAUGAAGUCAUGUAUAUUGUGUAAAUGUGUCCUUUUCAUCUGAAAACGAAAGUGCUUUCAGGUGAGGUUUUGUUUAUCGGUGAGCAUUUUGAAAAGAGUUAAUUUUUCAGUUUUAAAAAUAGACUCAGUUAUACGCUUGAAAUAAAGCUCAUUAUGUCUAUCAGA